AGGUGCUUGAGAAGGGUCUUUGCUGCUUCGUGCUCUGUCACGCAUUCAGGCUGCCGAUCCCCGCUACCACAACACGUAUAGGGAUUUGUUUUGUUUUUUGGACUGUUCUUUCCUCCCUUUACCACAACGUUCGCUUUUAGCCGCCGGCUCUCUUCCUGUGAGACACGCCGCUCGCUGUUUUCGCGUUCCCCUGUAGCACUCAUGCCGUCCAAAGCUGCGGCAUCCCCGCGCAGCCCGUCCAUCAGCGGCAGCGACACGGAGGGUCGGAGGUACAGCUCCACGGAGGAAAUGUGGAAGGCGGAGCUGUCGGGAGACCUCUACGACUCCCAGAAGGGCUGGUACGGCAAGGCGCUCGAGUACUGGCGCAACGUCCCGGCGACCAUCAGCGGCGUGCUGGGCGGUAUGGACCACAUCCACGAUGUCGACAUUAAAGGCUCCCACGCCUUCAUUGAGAGCCUACCGGAUCGCGGCACGACCCGCGCGCUGGACUGCGGCGCCGGCAUUGGGCGUAUUGCGAAGAAUCUGCUGACCCGCAUGUACACCACGACCGACCUGCUGGAACCGGUGGAGCACAUGCUGGACCAGGCGAAGGAGGAGCUCAAGGGACUGCCGGCCGGGGAGUUCAUCUUGGCCUCCAUGGAAACCGCCAAGCUGCCGCCCAACACCUACGACUUGAUUGUGAUUCAGUGGACCGCCAUCUACCUCACCGACGAAGACUUUGUGCGCUUCUUCAAGCACUGCCAGGAGGCCCUCACGCCGCAGGGCUACAUCUUCUUCAAGGAGAACUGCGCCAGUGGUGACCGCUUUCUGGUGGAUAAGGACGACAGCAGUCUGACGCGGUCGGACGUGCAUUAUAAGCGGCUCUUCAGUCGUUGCGGUGUCCGCGUCGUGAAGGAGGCGUUCCAGGAGGAGUGGCCGUCGAACCUGAUCCCGGUGAAGAUGUACGCACUCAAGUAA